AUGUCUUUUUAUGGGAUUGCGGGUCUCUUUAUUAGCUCCUAUUUGUGGUCCACAAUUUCGUGGAAUGUAGGUAGUGGUUAUGAUCGAUUUGAUAUAAAAGAAGGAAUAGUAUGUAUUUUUCGUUGGGGAUUUCCUGGAAAAAAUCGCCGCAUCUUCCUCCGAUUCCUUAUAAAAGAUAUUCAGUCCGUCAGAAUAGAAGUUAAAGAGGGUAUUUAUGCUCGUCGUGUCCUUUAUAUGGAAAUCAGAGGUCAGGGGGCUAUUCCCUUGACUCGUACUGAUGAGAAUUUGACUCCACGAGAAAUUGAACAAAAAGCUGCUGAAUUGGCUUAUUUCUUGCGUGUACCGAUUGAAGUCUUUUGA